UCAGGCCUCGCUCCUGAGAUACCGUCAUCUGAUCGAUUUUUGAAGGCAGAAUAGAUGUAUCCUUUGCUGCCUUUGAUAUCCCACAAUCCUAUGCAUUCCAUUCCGUGACAGUUAAGCUAAACAAGAAAGACACAGUCUGAAAGUUGAGGUUGGUUGUCAGUUUGUGUGUAAAUGUAUGUUUUUGAGCAGCAUUUUCCACUUUUGAUGUCAUUUCUAGCGAGAAAUUACUAUUGUGGUAAUUAUUCACUUAGUUAUCACCAAAGCUUGAUCUAUUUUGCUGUAGAUCAUUAAAUUGUUAAGCUGACUCAGAAGCAUGUCUGAAAUCAGUUUCAUGAGGUUCCUUCGUUCGCAAACGCUGCCUGCAAAGUCAUUAGGCUUGUUCGAGAUGCAUCAGCGCUGCACAGACCGAUCGACGUAUGACAGGAAAGUACCAUGAGAGCAAUUGGAGAGCAAAUGACUCCUUAUGAUUUUGAUGCAUCUCAAACAAACCUACUGCCUGGGUAGCAACAAGUCAACUGCCUAUGUUUUCGGAUGCAGGGAGUUCAGAAACAGUGCUUACCGAUAUAGAGAAUAACUCCCUUCGUGGUGGAAUUUAGGCUUUAUACCUUUACAUACUAAAGAAAGUUCAAAAUGUAAACUUUUUUUAUUAUUAGCAUUUGAAAAUGCUUGACCUGCUAAAUGAAGUGUGGAAAUCCCAACACAGUGUCUUUUUUCAGCUGUUGAAAUAGUCAGUACACUUGCAUUUUUUGUAAGUCAUGUCAAAUUUAAAAAUAAAGAAAACAUUCUAGUCUGUUUUUUUGAGAGAUGAAGGCUCUUUUAUUUACUAUCUUGAAAGAAGAAAGGAAAUUGGAUCCAAGCAGUAAAGAGCAAGAAGAGAAUAGCCCAGAUGCACAACAACAAGAGGACAAGCAUAUUGGACUCUCUAAUUUGAGAAAGAGACCCCUGACUGGAGCUCAGCUGGCAGCCUCAUUGAACAGUACACACUACAGACCAGCUUUGUCUGCAUUGGUGAAGAGAAGACUCCGGGAUACUGGCCUUUUAGAGAAAAUACAACAUCUGACACUGGCAAAUAAAAAUAAAUUGGUAGAAUGAGCUAAAGUGAUUAGAAAAAGCUGUUUUGACGAGCUGUUCCAGAAACAGUUUGAUCGAAAGGUCCGUAAAAAGUGCCAACAGAAAGCAUUGGAUGAAACUUCAAAUGCUUUUGUUUUUUCUUUUUUUUAAUUUAUAGAAAUACAGAACCUGAUUUCACCAAGUGCAACAUGUUCCAGGAUCAACAUCUUUGUUGAUCCUGGAACAACAUUCCAAUCAACCAGUCAGAUUUGAAGGACAAGUUUACAGUAUAUGUCAAGUUUAGGCUUACAACCAGGGUUAGGUGCUUCUAAAUUAGUGUUUUUCACCUAUCCUAUAAUUUCCCUCUGAAUUUAGAGAUAAUUUAUAGGUAGGGUUAGGUUUAGGGUAGGGAUAGGAUAGGGUCAGACAGGAAUUUUGGACAAGGAUUAACAAAAUACGUUGACACAGGAACGUGUCUAACACGGCAAAAUCAGGAUGUGCACAUAGAAACAGUCAUCAGCCAUCAUUAUAAAUGUCUUUACUUUAAUUUGGAUCAAUUUAAGGCUUCCUUUAUUAACAAAGUAUCAACUUAUUAAAAUUUAAUAGUGAUUCCAAACUUUUAAACAGCAUAUUUGUGAUUUGUAUUCUGCAUACAACCUGCAAAAUGUUUUGCCACAACAACCUAAGAAAGUCUACUAAAACCAACAGUGCCUAAAACAUAAAAGUCAAUAUAAAUAAAGUGGGAACUGUGUUACUGUCUCGGGGCAUUUGCUGUUGAAGAAUCAGUUACGUUUUAUAGGUGUAAAACGUUGCAGGCUGUUCCAGGCAAGCAUGCUGAUAUGGUAGUUAACGCUUCACCUUGUUUGACUCAAAGAAUUCUGCUGCAAAUAUAUCUGGCAGUUCUCCCAGCGUGUUCCUGGAGAGGAGAUUCUGGCAGUUCAGAAUGAUGCAACAGAUCUUGAGAGACAUGUUUGUAGAUCCAGAGCUUCUGGCUGAACUUAAUGAGGAGCAGAGGCAGAUUCUUUUCUACAAAAUACGUCAGGAGCAGGUGCGACGAUGGACAGAGUGUGAGAGCCAAGAGGGAAGCUGGGAAAGUCCCAUGACCAAGGAGAGAGAUGAAAACAGGAAGAGUGUUCAGUGGCUGCAGGGCAAAGAUGGUGAGGUGUGGGUUUGGGUAAUGGGGGACGCCCCUGAAGACAAACCAUACGAGGUGAUUGUCAAAGAGCUGAUGGAGGAGAGAGCCAGGCGACAGGCUCAGCUAGAAGCCCAGGAGCUGUGGCGAAAGAAAGAAGAAGAAAUAAAGCAAAAGUUCAGAGAUGCCAUUGCAAAGGAAAAAGCACGUUUAGUUGCAGGAAAGUGGAAGGAAGAAGCCGAGGACAGAAAAGCAGCCAAACAGGAAGAGGAACGUAUACGGGAAAAACUAAAGAAACAAGAGGAAGAGGAGAGGCAGAGGGAAGAGGAGGAGAUACGACGUGCAGAGGAAAAAAGAGCAAAGGAGCUAUAUAUGUCCCUUGAGCAAGAACAAAAAAAAAGCGAACAACGUGACAAAGAGUGGGAGGAACAAUUACGUCGCUCCAAAGCAGCUGAUAAAGAGAUGACAAGGAAGGCUCGCUGGGCAAGAGACGAAUAUAAGCGUCAGUCACUACGGGCCAUAGAGAAAGGCCACGUGGCUGGCCUGAGUGGCCACUUCCAAAAGCAAUCUCACCGGAGACACAGUACUUUCAUUGAACCAUCUGCCAGUCCUCUCUCCAGCAAUGAAGUCAAACCCAGGCCCAGCCUUCAACGUGCAGAACCUCCUUUGUACCGGCGGAGACAAAGCCGCAGGCAUAGUACAACAGCAACACAACCACUAAUGGACAGCCCUGCAUGGUUGAGGACACCACGACCCAGUUCCAGGGAGUUGGUUAUUCUCUGGUUUACUGAAGAGCAAAAACCAAAACAGGCGGGACAUGAAAGGAACGGCAAUGCUAUCGCCCCUUGGUUCCACGGCAUCAUUUCUCGAGAGGACUCAGAGAGACUGCUUAUGAAUUCUGCUGAGGGCUCUUUCUUGGUACGGGUCAGUGAAAGGAUAUGGGGCUACACACUGUCCUAUCGCACAGCCAGCGGUUUCAAGCAUUUCCUUAUCGAUGCUUCUGGGGACUAUUACAGCUUCCUGGGUGUGGACCAAAACCGUCAUGCCACCCUUGCUGACCUCAUUGACUUCCACAAGGAGGAAGUCAUCACAACUACAGGGAAAGAGCUGCUCCUGGAGGCCUGCAUGCGGACUGGGCCCUCUGUGGACUUCGGAGGGCUUUUCCCAUGACUCCUCACAUGACUUCAAAGGCAAAUCUCUGCAGGGCAGCUAAUGUAGCAGGAUGUUCUCUGCAUUUCAAAGAACAUGGUCAAAAAUAAACAAGACUUCUGAUCCUCA